GGUGAGAUCGUAGCUCUCGCGUUCUUUAAACCCUAUCCUGUGCGAAAUUUCUUUUCUCGGGAUGAUCCUGGUAGCGCUGCUGGCGGAUCUUUUGGGCGCUUGCUAUAUUCUUUUCUCCUCUGUCGUGAUCCAGCUCGUGAAUGAGUUUCCAAUCCCGAGCCGCGUGCGACGGAUGAUCUUGGAGCGCCUGGUGUCCGGAGGAUGGAGAUAGCAGCGCUAGGGCACGAUCGCGGGCAUGGAGACGCCGGCGAGGAUGAUCGGCCUCGCGAUUCGCAGAAGGAUAGAGCGCACGGCACUGGCGCGAUCGUCGAGCCGAUCGAUCGAGCAGCCGGAGAGGAUGUAUCUGCCAGGCGCGCAUUGGCUUUCGCGGCUAGGAAGACGAAAGCUGCUGCGGAUGCCGCCACUCAGCGAGCGGCAGACGCCGCCGCGCAAGAGCAAGGUAGUAUGAGACAGGGCGAAAUCACUGGUUUGCAAGCAGCGCGGCAAAAUGCGGCUGUGGAGCAAGCUUCUCAAGUAGCCGCGGUCUAUUCUCCAGCCAAGAAGAAACAAACUACGUUGGUACCCACUGCUCAAGCGCCGGUUCCACCAGGAAUUCCUCCACAGUGUCCUGCUCCUACUGCUGCUAUCCAGGCACCGAUACCAGCAGUAACUUCAUCUGUCGAAGGAAUGGAAUGCCAAAAGUUUCUCUACGAGGUGGCGAAUCAAACAGCUAGGAGUGCGACUGCCCAGAUGGCUGCCGCUGAGAAUCUCGCGACAAAUGCUCGAGACACUGGUACUAGACAGGAAGCGGAAGAUCAGGCUACGAAAGCGCAGAAGAAUAUGGGAUUGGCCAAACAAAUGGCGGAGGCUGCACAGUCGCCUGCUGUAGCUGUCCAAGCCGUCGCUGCCAUCCAGAAAGCCUGUUCCAAUAAACACGAGUCCUGAUUUGCUCAGGACUGCAACCCAAAGGAUUUGAACCACGAACGUUAUCCAGAAGAAAUCUAUAUGCUCUUCUAGAAAUCGAUGGCUAUGGUGCUCUCUUCCGCCAGUCCAGC